UUGCUGCUAUGUGACGCCAAUAUCUCCACUCUCCAGAGAACAGUGGCACAUAUCUUAUUCAGAGCUGAGUAACGGAAGGAGACUGAGCACUGCACACUGGAUACUACACCGUGAUACCAUAGACAGCUUACCUGAGGACCUUUAAGGGACAAGAAGUCACAUGAUCAGUGGACUCUCCUAUACACAGAACAUGAUGGAAGACAAAGGACCCCGUGUAGCGGAUUAUUUUGUUGUUGCAGGACUUAUUGAUUCCUCAAAGCCACUAGAGGAAGAAAUUCACUUUAAUGAUGCCUGCCAUAAAAUCGCUAAGCCUAAGGAACCCAUCACAGAUGUGACUGUUAUAAUAAAAUCGCUGGGUGAGGAAGUACCUCAUGGAUAUGCGUGUAUUGACACUACCCCAACUGGACUCUCAGCUGACCUCAACAAUGGAAGCAUUAUGGGACCACAGAUAUACCUGUGUUACAAGAGGGGAAGGGAUAAACCACCUCUUACAGAUCUUGGGGUGUUAUAUGAGUGGAAAGAGAGAUUAAAACAGGGUUGCCAGAUUAUCCAAACUACUCCAUAUGGACGUCCUGCAAAUAUAAGUGGUAGCACCUCCUCACAAAGAGUAUAUAUAACUUACCGCAGAGCCUCAGAAUGCAUGACCCAGAAUUCCUUGGCUGUAACAGACAUCUGUAUAAUUAUACCCAGCAAAGGAGAAACACCACCGCAUACGUUCUGCAAAGUGGAAAAGAAUCUUAACAGCAGUAUGUGGGGAUCAGCUGUUUACCUUUGUUAUAAAAAAUCAGUCGCAAAAACAAAUACAGUAUCCUACAAGGCUGGACUAAUAUGCAGGUAUCCUGAAGAGGAUUAUGAGUCCUUUCCCUUGCCAGUAUCUGUACCCCUCUUUUGUUUGCCCAUGGGGGCAACCAUUGAAGCCUGGCCAUCUAACAGUAAAUAUCCGCUCCCUAUCUUUUCUACAUUCGUCUUAACUGGAGCUUCAGCUGAAAAGGUAUAUGGAGCCGCAAUACAGUUUUAUGAACCAUAUGCUCUGGAUCAACUAACAGAAAAACAAAGAAUACAUUUGGGAUUGGGAACAAGUGCUGAGGGAAAGGUGGAUUCGCUUAAAACCAUCCAUGUGAACAAGUGCAUUUGCCUCCUAUCUCACUGGCCCUUUUUUGAUGCUUUUAAGAAAUUUCUCACAUUCCUGUAUCGUUAUUCAAUUUCUGGACCACAUGUGCUUCCUAUAGAGAAACAUGUCUCCCACUUUAUGCACAAAGUCCCAUUCCCAUCUCCUCAGAGACCUCGCAUUUUAGUCCAGCUGUCCCCACAUGAUACCCUUAUCUUGAGCCAGCCCGUUUCCUCACCUCUGCCACUGAGCGGAGGGAAAUUUUCAACACUGCUACAGAACUUGGGACCUGAAAAUGCAGUGACUCUGCUAGUGUUCGCUGUCACAGAACAUAAGAUUUUGAUCCACUCAUUACGCCCUUCAGUUCUCACAAGUGUAACAGAAGCUUUAGUCUCUAUGAUCUUCCCAUUUCACUGGCCUUGCCCAUACAUUCCCCUUUGUCCCUUAGCAUUGGCGGAUGUGCUGAGUGCCCCAUGUCCCUUCAUUGUUGGGAUUGAUUCACGCUACUUUGAUCUCUAUGAUCCCCCACCGGAUGUAAGCUGCAUCGACCUAGAUACCAACACCAUUUCCCAAACAGAAUGUAAGAGAAACGUGACCUGGAAGAUCCUGCCAAAAAAGGCCUGCAAGAACUUGCUAAAUACCCUUAGUAACUUGUAUCAGCAACUGGCAGAACUUCAGCAAAGACCAAGAGAUGAUGCUUUAAUGGAACUAGCAAUGAAUGACUAUGACUUUAACGCUGGGAAGAAACUGCAUCAGCUGGACAUGGAGAUUCAGGAAGCAUUUCUUUGCUUUAUGGCAUCCAUAUUGAAAGGCUAUAGGUCAUUUCUACGACCAAUCACCCAAGCACCCUCAGAAACUGCCACAGAUGCCAGCUCUCUCUUUGAGUUGCAGGGUUUCUUAAAAAGUCGUGACCGUUCACAUCACAAAUUUUACAACAUGAUGACAAAGACCCAGAUGUUUAUUCGCUUUAUUGAAGAGUGUUCAUUUGUCAGUGAUAAGGAUGCCAGCCUGGCUUUCUUUGAUGACUGCGUUGAAAAAGUUGAUGUGGAUAAGCCUGCUGAGAUGCGCCUUAUUGAAAUAGAUGAGUCUCAAAGAAGUGAGCACACAGUGUUCAUAACCCCACCUGAGAUCCCUCACUUACCAAAUGGGGAGGAACUGCCUCUAAAAUACAGUUACAAUGGAUUUCCUGUUCUUACUUUGGAUCUUUUUGACACACCAGAUGGACUUUUGAAAACUCACAAACUUUCCUCAAAAGUUACUGCACCCUGCAGCCCAUCUCCAAUGUUCAGAAGAACUAAACAGGAAAUCAAAUCUGCUCAUAAAAUUGCCAAGCAGUAUUCAUCCAUUCCCCAGAUGUGGUCCAGAUGUCUGCUUAGACACUGCUAUGGCUUGUGGUUUAUAUGCCUCCCUGCAUAUGUAAAGUUCUGCCAUUCUAAAGUGAGAGCUCUACGGACAGCGUAUGAUGUGUUGCGGAAGAUGCAUGUGAAAAAUAUUGACUCCCCAGAUGAGGUUUGCUAUCGUGUAUUGAUGCAGCUUUGUGGCCAGUAUGGACAGCCUGUGCUUGCAGUAAAAGUUCUUUUUGAAAUGAAGAAAGCUGGCGUGCAGCCAAAUGCUAUUACAUAUGGAUACUAUAACAAGGCUGUCCUAGAAAGUGUGUGGCCCACUGGGAAUAGAGGGGGUUACUUUCUCUGGAUAAAAAUAAGGAAUGUGCUCCUAGGAGUAGCCCAAUUUAAAAGAGCUUUGAAAAAGCAGCAUAUGCCUGCUUUGCAGCCCACCCCAUCAGAUGGUAGUGACUUGGAUGCUGUUAGCCAUGGUAGCAUGGAUAGUUCUAUCGAUAUGAACCCCCCAGAACAGACACCUUUCCACACUGAUGUAACCAGUGCAGACACUGCUGAUGACAGAUCUAGCACAGGAGGGCAAUCUGAUCUUGGGUAUAGCUCAUUGUCCAAAGAAGAAGUACGUAGAGGAGCAGUGCAUGACAUAAAAGAGGAAAAAGAAGACUCAAGAGAGAGUGACAUCAGUUCAUUGUCUGAUGGUGAGAGCUCCAAAGGCAGCAGAGAUGGUCUUCCUCAGCUUGUCAGUGAUGUCUCAAAAGCAGAGUCUGUAUCUAGUAUUGUGAGAAUGUCCAAAGAAGUUAACAGUGGCAGUUCAGCAGACAUAAAAUUUGCUUCUUCCUUUGACAAUACCAAUGAUGGUGAGAAAUACCAUAGCUGGUGUGCACGUAAGAGACACAAGAGUGCUCUAGAGGCAGGGUUAAAAGAUCAUUUGGUGUGGGGAAGCAGGAACAGACACUUAAGUGGAGAUAAUCUUACUGGGCUUCUUAUGAAUGGAACUUAUCAAGAUGCAAACAGCAAAGAUGCAGUGACAGAACUUGGCGCAAAAGUACUUAGCAUGCCUCGGCCAAGCUCCUUGGAUAUUAAAAAGGUAUCCUCUAGAAAGCUUAGAGCAACCUCCGAGAAGGAGUGGAGUGAUGAUGAUUCUCCACUUGGAGGAGGGGGGUUUCAAGAUAAAGCAGAUUCUCCAGUCAUUUUUGAUCUUGAAGAUCUGGAUAAUGAAGUUGUUGAAACAAAGCCUUUGAAAACAAGUGUUCAGAAAGACAAACUCACAGAGAGAAUUGAUACAGCGUCUUCCUCCUCUCUGCUUUUGACCAAGCCUAUUGAAAAAACAGAUGUGAAGGUUGGAUUGGACCCUCUUUCACUGCUAGCAGCAGAAACCGAGCAGUAUGUUGAAGAGGAGGAAGUUGAAGAAGAUAAAAGCCUGUUAACUCCUUCAACUCGUAGGGACCUUGCAGAAGAAAUAGAAAUGUAUAUGAAUAAUAUGAGCAGCCCUUUGACCAGCCGUGCAUCAAGCAUGGACCUACAGAAGACUAAUUGUGACCAGUUUAAAAGCCCCAGAGAUGUCCCCUUCUGCAGACGCUUGAGCCUCCCUCCAACUUCUCCCCAGGUUCCCAGACUAACCAAAUCAAAGACUUAUUAUACAAAACGGGAGGAGAGGCAUCGAACCAGGCUAUGGUCAUCUCCUUCAUUCUCGACAAGCAGCUCUCAAAAUGAACAACUUAAUGAAUCUGCACUUGCCCUCAUGUCCCCAACAUCUUUCAACACUCUGCUCACUCCCACAUUUGAUGUCCUGAAGAGCAGCAUGUUUUCUGCUGGCAAAGGGGUUGCUGAGAAGGCCAGCAAGUGGUACUCAAAAUUUACCAACACUGGAUCUUUAAAGGAUCAAAACUUUGAUCGAGCAAGUAUGUCUUCUGGUGGUGCUGUAGACACUGAAUCAAAUUCCUUAAAUGAAGAUGAUUUUGAAGGUGUUGGCUCCAUGAAUGAGAAUGAAAUUACUGCUAGAACAAAAGCAAUUGGAGUAAGUCGAAGCAGCCUGGAGAGCAACACUUCCCAAGAUGGUAUAUCCAGACAGCUGUACAACAGUGAUUCACCUUCCAGAGUUUCGCUAAACUACAAACCCGAGCUUCCCUCUCCUUCCAAUUCUAGCAGUAGCAGCAUUUUUCAAAAUUAUGCUAUGGAGGUUCUGAUCUCCAGCUGUUCACGUUGUUUAACAUGUGACUGUCUUGUUUAUGAUGAGGAGAUAAUGGCAGGCUGGACAGCAGACGACUCAAACCUCAACACCACAUGUCCUUUCUGUGGUAACCCCUUUUUACCGUCUCUAAACAUUGAAAUCCGAGACCUACGUCGUCCUGGCCGGUUCUUCCUAAAGUCCAGUCCUUCCACAGAAAACAUGCAGCAUUCAACAAUAAUUUCCUCUGCAACAUCUAGAUCAGGGAUCUUGGCUCCUGUUUUUCCUGUUGUUCAAUCUAGCUCAAAAGAAUUUAAAACCUGCAGGACUAUAGAAAUUCCGACAGGGAAGAGAACUAAAGAAUCUUGUGUGUUAGAUUGUCCCAGUUUACCCAUCACUAGAAGUGUUAGUACAUCCAGCCAGUUGGAUGAGAAUCCAUUACACAGACUGAGCCACAUUGUUCCUACUGGCAGCCUCCCCACCAACUUUCAGGCAGCACCGGAUUCAUUGGGAGUAGAGUGGAAGAUGCAGAGUCCUGAACCAAUCACUGUUCCUUAUCUCAGUCCUCUAGUAGUGUGGAAGGAAUUGGAGAGCUUGCUGGAGAAUGAAGGUGACCCAUCUAUAACUGUUCCUGGAUUUGUUGACCACCAUCCUGAAGUGUUCUGGAACUUGGUGUGGUAUUUCAGGAGACUAAAUCUUCCUAGCAACCUUCCUGGAUUAAUACUGUCAUCAGAGCAUUGCAAUAGGAAUUCCAAGAUACCUAGGAGCUGUAUGUCGGAGGACAGCAAACAUGUCCUUAUUCAAGCUUUGUGGGACAAUCUGAAACUUCACAAAGACUCACGGCAGCCAUUGUACAUUUUGUGGAACACCAUAACCCAGGAUCCUCCUCUGACUUUUAUCCAACCGAAGGAGAACCUGGACCAUGAGUUUCUUAGAGGUCUGGUGAAGAGUAUUAAGAUGAAUAAUGUAUAUGAUCCUAUCAGUCAAAUUCUGGACUUUAUGCAACGGAUCUCAGAGUGCAAACGACAAAGGAGUUUGUACAGAGAAAUACUGUUUCUUACACUGGUUGCUCUAGGAAGAGAUAACAUUGAUAUUGAUGUGUUUGACAAGGAGUACAAGGAAGCUUAUGAACGCCUAAGCCCUGAAUUACUAAAGUUCACACAGAUCUGCGAUCAGCCCCCGAGCACCGGUGUGAUUGAGUGCAGGAAAACAUUUGGGCAACCAUUCCUCUGAACUCAUUACGUCCAUGUCUCUAGUAUGCCACAGCAAUAGUGGUCGGUUGCUAUUUAAGUGUUAAAGUAUAAUGGGAAUGAGUUUACAGAUUUGAAUAGAUUCCAAGUCUCACCUUGUGUUUGUGUGUUCUGGGGAGAGUUCAGAACAAGGAACAAACAGUUGGAAAGGUUUUUCUGUCUUAAUGAAGAAGCACACAAGACAGAGUCUGUACGUGGCUAGAAAAGAGAGAGGUCUUAAUGUGUUUCCACAGUCUGGAAAUUAUUCUGUUUUCCUUUUUUAAGGAACAAAGUUGAAGAAACGACUUCGACAUCAUUCCGAGUGUUUUAGUUUACAAAUAUAUUUAUAUUAAAUGUUAUAAAAUAUAUUGGUGUAAAAUAAGGUUUUAAAGAUGCAUAGAUAAGUCAAUAUCAUUUUAUAUUUUAUUGAUGAAGAAUAGUGAACAAUGACCGGUUUAAUUGGUAAUGUGUUACUGUGCCUUACUGAGGGGGCACUGUUCUAUUUGUUUGUUUGUUUUUAUUUAAUCGGAUCUUAAUUUAUUAUUAAUCAUGGCAGCUCAAUUGUUUGGAGGGGGGGAAAGUGAAGUUCCAGCAAGAGCUAUUUAUUGUGCUGUAAUAAGCAACUUUUAAAUGAAUGCAAUCAAUCUGCAGUCAACCUUGAUAAUCUUAACUGUAUUCUCCUAGCUAGCUAAUUUAUGUUUUAAUGAUUUUGCUAUAUUCAUAAUUAGCAAUAAAUGUUCUAGCCUUGUCCCUAAAAAUGUCACAUGACGGUAGAUGGGACUAAUUUUAACCCACUGGUUACCACUUGCGAGUAGCUGUGAUAGAGAAAUAUCUGGAGCUAACUCCCAUAACCACAGAUCUCAUCAUCCCUGUGUGGCUUUUUCCUUCUCUAUCUUUGUUGCUUGUGCUCUGCCGUUUCUAUUAACAUUAAGAUAACAGCAAAGGUCUUGUAGUCUUUAAUAAAUAAUUUCUGUUGUUGCCACCAUGGAACAAAAUUGUGCUUUAUAAAGUAUAGCACAGAAGAGAUUGAAAAGGAUCUAAUUGUGAAAGUACAUACCGCUUCUGUCUGUACCAGGACCUAUAAGAACAUCAGUUUCUUGAUGACUGAAAUGGUCACAUAUUUAUUGGUAUGUUAUACGUUUGUGAGUUGUGUAAAAACAAGUUUCAUUAUUUGCUUUUUUUAUCCCUCUCUUUUCAAUUUCUUUUUGCUUUUCUUUCAGUUAACUAGGAUUUGCUGUGAGGUUUUAAUUCAGUGCAAAAACUCACAGACAUAAAGUGAUCACAUUAGGUUAUUUUACUGAGCAUUAUAUUGUAAAUUAAAGGGACAGUCUACUCCAAAAUUGUUAUUGUUUAAAAAAAUAGAUAAUCCCUUUCCCCACUUAUGCACAGCCAACACAGUUAUAUUAAUAUACUUUUUACCUCUGUGAUUACCUUGUAUCUAAGCCUCUUUUGACAGCCUCCUGAUCACUUGGCUAUUUAUUUAUUAUCUAUUGAUUUUAGCCAAUUAGUGCAGUGUCAUCCACAACCCACGGGAGAGAGCACAAUGUUGGCCACUUUGUAUUUAAAGUUAACUACUCCUGUAGGAUACUUUGUAUUUAAAGUGAACUACUGCUGAUUGUGCUCAAGGGCAGGGCAUUUCUCUCCUUUUGUAUAACUCAAUUAUUGUACCUACACCUGUAAUGUUUUAUUAUUACUUGUAGAGCGCUGCGUAAUCUGCUGGCACUUUAUAAACACCUGAUAAUAAUAAUAACAUUUUAUCUAUAUGGCUCACAUGGAUUAGCAGUGUCUUGUUGUGAAAAGCUACUAAAAAGCAUGUGAUAAGAGGCUGUCUGUAGUGCCUUAGAAACAGGCAGAAAUUUAGAGGUUUAAAGGUUAUAAAGUAUAUUAAUAUAUCAAUGUUGGUUGUACAAAGCUGUGGAAUGGGUAGUAAAGGCGUUAUCUAUCUUUUCAAACAAUAACAAUUUUGGUGUUGACUGUCCCUUUAAGUGUCUCUCCUUAACAUAAGAUAUAUUAGUGAACUCCACUUAAUGAGAUACACAAUUCCAAAAGGUAAAAAUUGCCUUUAAAAUAAUCCCGGGGGCCUUGUAAUACUGACAAAGUAACUUAUUGAAUCUCGGCAGACCAGAGAGCUUUAAAGAAUUGGCCCAGAGUUUAUAAUUAAUUCUAUAAGCUCCAAAUAUUGUGUGAGAAAAUGUAAUUUUGAUGAUAUUUCUUUGAUUAUAAGAGGGAUAUUCUGAUUAUUUGAAAUAUCCCUACAUAUGGGACAGAGUAAACUAAAAUGUGACACUAAAAUUAAAGGGGAAGUAUACACCAAUUGUCAUUUAACUGCAUGUAAUAGACACUACUAUAAAGAAUAAUAUGCACAGAUACGGAUAUAAAAAUCCAGUGUAAAACAUUUUAAAAAAUUACUUAGAAGCUCCCAAUUUAACACUGUUAAUGAGAUAAGCCUGGGAAAACCACUGAAAGGGGCUGAUAGCAGAACCUCCCCUGCUUAUGAAAAGAUCCAUUAUACAAACAGGAGCAGUCUGAAGUAUGUAUAUAUCAGUAUAGAUCUAAAACUUUUGGGCUUGGCUAGGAGUCUGAAAAUCAGCACAAUGUUAUUUAAAAAUUAAGCAAAACUAUACAUUUUUACAAAAACACACCCGGAUGGGCUAUUUAAAUGGAUCAUCUGCAAAAUAUUUAUGCAAAGAAAAAUCUAGUGUAUAAUGUCCCUUUAAUGUUUAUAUCCUCUGAUGAAAUCUAAGCAGUAAAGGAAAUGACAUCAGCAAAGUUUGCUGAUUUAAAAGUCUGAGGCAAACUACCGCUAUGAUAUCAGAUCUAGAAGCAUAACAGGAAAUUAAAUAGACAAAAAUUAUAUAUUGAUUGAGGUAUUUAUUCAACACAAAACAAGAAUUCCUCUGUCAUAAUUGCCUGGUCUUACUUGAUGGAACCUUAAAGGGAUAGUAAACCCAAUUUUUUUUAUUUGAUGAUUCAGAUAGAGCAUGCAAUUGUAAGCAAUUUUCUAAUUUACUCC